ACGAUCUGCCAGUCACAGUUCACCACCAAAUGAAGAAGCCUUAUUUUGAUAGGUCACUUCCGCAAAUGGCUGCUUGAAACGUGUGAUGGCCUCUUCGCGUCAUGAGCCGACGCUUCUCGGCUUGUGCGAUGGAGCGUUUGAUGACAAGAAGUACCAAUCGUCUUUCCUCACCAACAAAAUCGGAGGACUUCCGGACUGGUUACCGUCCCUUCCCCGCAUGUCUCCCCGCUGUAGGAGGUGCUCAUCCCUGCUAGCACAUGUGGUACAGGUGUACUGUCCCCUGGAGGGGUCCCCCUACCACAGAACCAUCCACGUGUUCGCCUGCCCAGCUGAGGAGUGUAAGGGGCGGUCAGAUAACUGGACGGCGCUGCGCUCUCAGAGCCUGGAGGCGGAAGUGAAAGCAGCCCGGAUUUCCAGAAAGCCCGAGCCGGCACAGGAGGCUCUUCUGUCAUCUACAGACUGGUGUGACUCCGCCGAUGACUGGGGCAUAGACGAGGAGGAUGGUGGAACUUUUAAGAUGGACAAGCAGGUCCUGGAAGAGGAACCAGAUGUUCACACUGUGGAUGAGGAUGUUGUCAACAGACUCGACUGUCUCCAUCUUGUAGAGCAGCAGACAGAUAUUCCCGUCCUAUGUCCAUUCUUCAUCAGCGUGGUGGACGAGCUGGAUGUGGCUGCAGAGGAAGACGACCUGGCGCAUGCCCACGAGCUGCUGAGGGACUACGAGAGGAGAGAGGGCGUGGCUGUGGGGACACUGGAUGGCGUCGAAGAGAAGUACGAGAAGAGCCGAGCCCACCACGGUGAUGCUGCCUUCUCCAGGUUCAUGAAAAGGAUCUCGCCAUGUCCGCAGCAGGUCCUGCGUUACUGCCGUGGAGGAGAACCUCUCUUUAUCUCCGAGCCGCCAGCCAACAUGGGCAAGCUGGUGACGCUGUGCGGAUCUUGCGGAGGCCCACGGAUAUUGGAGCUGCAGCUGAUGCCUGCUCUUGUCAGCCUGCUGCGCUGGAAGGAUGGUGGGGGUGUGACCGAGCUGGAAUUUGGGACGGUUCUAGUUUAUACUUGCACCGAGAGCUGCAGGAUGUCCGAGUCCCAACAAUUGGUGGACGAGUUCUGCUUUGUUCAGAUGGACCCGGACCAGCAGCUUUUCAAAUGAAUAUUUGCAUGAAUAUUCAUCAAUAUUCAUGCAUGAAUUAAGAAAACACAAAGCCACUUUUUGUUGGACUUGUCUAAUUCAGCCUCACAGCAACACAGCAUUCACAUGAUCCAGCAGAGGAAGCAUAAGAAAGUAUCAAAAAUAAAUUUCUAACUGGCCAAUAAAAAGUUUUUAAAACAU